AUGUUUAAUAAGAAUUCAUUAACUCAUUGUCCUAUUCUUAGACCAAGUUUGGAUGAAUUUAGUGAUCCCAUUACUUACUUAUCAAGUCAUGAUAUUACAAAAUUAGGUUCGGAGUAUGGAAUUGUUAAAAUUAUUCCUCCUGAAAAUUGGAAACCAACAUUUCUGAUAUCGGAUCAAUUUAAAUUUCAUACUAGAUUACAAAAGAUUAGUGAUUUAGGUUUAACUACAAGAUCAAGACAAUUCUUUAUUGAUAAUAUUAAUCGAUUUCUUAAAAUGCGUCGGAAACGUCAAUUACAAUUAUAUUUCAAUCCUAAAUCAGAUCCAUCUAAACAAAUCUAUUAUUAUGAUAUAUUCAUUCAAAUAGAGAAUUUAGGUGGAAUAACUACUAUGACUGCAAAUAAAUGGAAACAAUUAAAUCACCAUUUUAAAUUAUCUAUCAAUACUCAAGAUCUUGAACAUGAAUUUAAUACUAAUGUAAGAUCUUAUGCCAUGUAUUUACAACAAAAUAAUUCCAAUUUUGAAUUUCCCGAAUCAGAUUCAGAAGAUGAAUUUGAUAAUUGUUUAAUCUGUGGUAAACAUGAUAAUCCAGGAUUAACUUUAUUAUGUGAUAAUUGUGAUAAUCCUUAUCAUACAUAUUGUCUUCCUAACCCCUUAUCAUCUAUCCCAUCAUCCAAUUGGUAUUGUGAUAAAUGUUUAAUUGGAACUGGAGAAUAUGGUUUCGAAGAAGAAGUGGAUGUUAAAUAUUCAUUAUCUCAAUUUUAUGAUAUGUGUUUAAAAUUUGAACUGGAAUUUAUAAAAAAAUAUAAUGAUAAUAAACCAUUAACCACCGAUGAUAUUGAAUUAAAAUUUUGGAAAUUUGUUGAUAUUCAAAAAUCAGAUUUACAAGUUAAAUAUGGUGCUGAUAUUCAUAAUUUAAAACCAGGUGAAAUAAGUGGAUUUCCCAUGAGUAAUACCCCUGGUAUAAAAUUAGAUAAUCCUAAUACUCAAUAUUAUAUGAAUCAUCCGUUUAAUCUUACCAAAUUACCAUUUGCCAAUGGAUCAUUAUUAAAUUAUAUUAAUAGUCCUAUAUCCGGUAUGACGAUACCUUGGAUUUAUAUUGGAUCAUUAUUAUCGACAUUUUGUUGGCAUGUAGAGGAUCAUUAUACCUUAUCCGCCAAUUAUUGUCAUUUUGGAGCUACGAAGAAAUGGUAUGGAAUCCCAUCAUCUCAAGCGGAUAAAUUCGAACGAUUAAUGAAAGAUUCUGCUCCUGAUUUAUUUAAACGUCAACCUGAUUUAUUACAUCAAUUAGUUACAUUGUUAUCACCUAUGACAUUGAUUGAAAAUGGCAUUAAAGUCGUUUAUGCCGAUCAGAAUCCAAAUGAAUUCAUAAUCACAUACCCUCGAGUUUAUCAUGCUGGAUUCAAUUGUGGAUUUAAUUUCAAUGAGGCGGUUAAUUUCACUAUGAAUAAUUGGUUAGAGUUUGGAGAGAAAUCAAUUAAUGAUUAUAAAUUAAUUGGGAAAGAGAAUGUAUUCAAUCAUUAUAAAUUAUUAGAAAAUAUCUUGAAAUCAUUUAAUAAACAACGAGGAAAAAUUAAUGAUAAUGAGAUUGCUUUAGUUAAAACUAGUUUAAAAAGUUUUGAAACUGAAUUUAAAAAACAAAAUGAUUUAUUAUUUGAUUUAGAUAAAUCUAAAUUUAAUGUUGAGUAUAGACCUAGUAAAGUGAGAAAGGGGAAGAAACUUCUGAAAAUGAAUCCUUAUGAUCAUGAAGAAGAUCUCUAUGAUGAAGAUGAGGAAGAUGAUGAACCAUUAUGUGAUAUUUGUAAGACUCAUUUAGGGUAUCAAUAUUGUAUUAUAAAUAAUAAGGAUCAUAAAUUCAGUUAUUCAAAACAAUCAGGAUUAACAUCGAUGGUUGAAUCGAAUCCAAGUCAAUUGUUAACCCCUCAUCCAUCUCCUAAUGAAGGUAAUAAUAAACCUCAAAGUAUUGGAAAUGAUGUGGCUGAAUCGAUUGCCAAGAGUGAAAGUAGUCAACGAUUAGGAUUCAUGAUUGAUAAUGUGAAACGGGAGGAAUCUAAGGAUAUUAAUGAUACUAAUGACGAUGCUGAUGAUGAGAAGGAAGAAGAUGAAUAUGAUGAAAAGUCUAGAUUAUGUAUGAUGGCUCAAUUUGAUAAAUUGAUUAAUGAAGCUAAACGAAAAGCUAAACAAGAAGAUGAUGAUGAUGUUGAAAGGGAAGGUAAUGUUAAGAGAAGAUCAAAACGAUUACAAGAGCAUCCACCGGAAUCACAUGUUCAACCAAGUAGUAGAAUGAUGAUGGGAAAGAUGACGAUGGUACAAAAGAUAUCUAGUAUGAAGAGAUUAAAUGUCAAGGAUAGUAUUGAUUUAUGUUUACAAUGUUGUAAUACUACCUUUAAUAAUAGUAAUGAUAGUAAGAAGAAUGGUGCUACUAUACCUCAUGGAUCUAUCUUAUUAUAUGAGACAUAUCCUUCCCAAUUAAAGGAAUUGAUCAAGGAAACCAAGAGAAAUCUUGAAGAGGUAUCUUAUCAUCAUAAGUAGAAGGUGUUUUAAUUCUAUAGUAUAUAGUUGUUCUAUUAAAAAGAAAUGUAUAAUUCAGGGAUCAUCAAGUAGUUAUACAUACUAUGUAUAUAUAAUUUUGCAGUUAAACCAAACACCAAUCCUGCAUAUAUCCACCACCCAAUCAAAUAUAAUUUUACCCACAGACCGAUUCCAUCAGUUUGCAGUCAGUACAUAAAGCGCGAAACAAUAAUCAAAUUUAAUUGGUCAUUGGGAAAUUUUAAUAAAUUGACCCAAAGUACACGACUAACAAAAGUACCAAUUCAAACUAUGAGAUUUUUCAACGAAAUUUUUCUUUUUU